AUGGUAGAGGUUGAUGAAGUAGAUAGUGAAGAUAGCAGUUGCAACCCUGAGGAAACUGAUAAUGAUAGUUGUAAUGCCUCUGAUUAUUCUGAUUAUGAUUCUAAGGAGUUAGAGGUUCUCGCUAAAGAAAGAAAAAGAACAAUCAAUGACAAGUUUUUUGAAUACAAGGAGUUACAUAGGUUUAUGACUUUCAAAGAUAUAGCUAAAGCUAGAAGAUUCAUUAGUUUGCAUGCAUUAGCAAAUGGCUAUAACCUAGCGAUAAAAAAAAACUCAAAAAGAUUUAGGGUUGUUUGUCAAAAUGUGUGCAACUUUUUCUGCCUAAUUUCUGGUGAGAAGAAUUGUUCUGGUGUUAGUGUGAAAACAUUAAUGGGAAAGCAUAAAUGUGAUGAUCCAUGUGGUAACUAUAAGGUUUCAGCAACUACACUUGCUUAUUACUUCAAGGAAAAAUUACAAGCUAAACCCAAAUAUAAGAUCAAAGACAUUAGAGUUGAUCUCAAAAUUGCAUUCAACAUUAAUGCUUCUUUUAGGAAGUGUAAGAGAGCUAAAAGAAUGAUUUGGGAAAAAAUGGAAGGCAGUUUUUGUGAUGACUAUAAAAAGCUUGUUGGAUAUACGAAUUCUCUAUUGGAGAGUAAAGUAGGGAGUGAUGUUAGCCUUAAGGUUUUACUAAUUGAAGAAAAAAGGCAGCUUUUGAGAAUGUAUAUCUGUUUUGAUGCACUAAAGUUUAAAGCUGGUUUGAGACCUUUCAUUGGAUUAGAUGGAACUUUUUUGAAAGGUAAAGCCAAAGGUCAACUCUUAUGUGUUCUUGGUCAAGACUCAAUAAAUUAUAUUUAUCCUAUUGCUUGGGCCAUCGUGCACAAAGAAUGCAAAGCUACUUGGCUUUGGUUUGUGAAAUUGCUUCAGCAGUCUCUAAGCCUCAACAAUGGAGAAGGGAUCACAUUAAUCUUGGAUAUGCAAAAGGAACUUGCCGGAAUACCUUGUCCCCAUGCAAUCAAGGAACUUCUUUAUAAGGAGAGUGAUCCUAGGGAAGAGAUCCACUGGUGGUACACAAAGGAGGCAUAUCUCUUGACUUAUCAUUCAAAGCUACAACCAGUGUCUGGCCCUAAGUUAUGGAAAAUUGAUCCAGCAGAAGCAAUAGAACUACCCCCUUGGGUAACCCUGGCUGGCAGACCUCCAACAACAAGGAAAAGAGAUAAAGAUUAA